AUGCUUGACAAAAACACUACGCUUUCCACUACUGCCAUCGUUGAUGAAAACCGUGCGGAUACGAAGAAUAAUAAUGAUAGUACUGCACCCAACGAAUCCAAGCCAAAGAACGUCGAAAAUGAACAAAUGCUCGUCAAGAGCUUUGAAGUCAUGGAUAUAAAGAUGAAAGAAUUAGAAAAUCAGCUAAAACUAAAGAGCUUAAAGAUGAAAGAGAUGGAGCAAAAGAUUUCGGAAAAAAAGGAAAAACUGACAGCAACAAGAAGAAAGUUACAAAACGUGAACGCAGAAAUAAAGGAAGUACAGGGAAAACUAUAUCAAUCGACAAAGUCUAUUAAAGUCACUGAUGAUGAUUAUUCAACAAUUCAAGCCAAACUUGCCAAGUUGAGUGGGAAAAUAUCCAAUUUGCCACUCCAAUUAAAAUCAUCCCUAAAGAUCGAGGAAGGACCGAUGCUUAUUUAUCGUUAUUUUCUUCAACGCUGGCCAAAUGAAAAUGAGUCGCUCAAUGAGCUAUUUAAGCUAUCUGGGGAUAAAAUAGAUUCGGUCUUGGUGGCAUUAUUGGUGGAGAAACUGUUGAUGGAAUUCAUUGUCUAUCGUAUUUAUUUCACAAAAAUUCAUCUCAAUCGUGAAAUUAAUGAAGCAUUCUCAUCUAUUGAACAGGUCUUACUUCGAGCGCAUCAUGCAGAAUGGAUUGCUGAUCUAAGACUAAAGUGUUCCAAGGCAACACAGGAUCUCACCCAGACAAAGAAAUCUAAUUUCCUAUCGAAAGAGAUCAGCCAAGUGAGGACAGCGCUUGUGGAAGAUAUUGUCAAAGAACUUUUGAAUAUCUAUAAAGAGAGCAAAGAGAUGAAAGAACGUGUAGAAAAGAUAGUGGAUAUGGCUAUAGAGUUGAAUUUACCUAUGCAUGGACAGGAAGAUAUAAUGCUGAUCCGAUUUUUGAAUAAAGGAGAUAGAGUCAUAUCAAGUCAAGUGAAGGCACAGUAUCGAUGUAUAGGAAAAGAUCAAAAUGAAAAGAUCAUUUUAGGAAUUUCACCCGUGUUCUUGGCAAAAAGUAUACAUGACAACGAAGAAGAACAAGAUGAAACCAUGGAUACGUAUGCACAUAACUAUACAGUCGUAUUUUGUGGAAAAGCAAUAUGGUAA